AUGCCUCGAGUCACCGAUCUUUCUAAACGACAGCCUCACCUGCUGAAAUGGUCUAGCCUAGCUAGCAAGCCGAAAAUGAACCCGACGGCCGGCGAUCGUGGAUCAUUGACGCCGCUCCCUGAGUACCACCGUCGAGGCCUCACGGUGCUGACAGUGUUCUCCGUGCUCUCUUUCUGCUCGACGACAUGCCUCUGGCUUUUCAUCACGUACAAGCUGGUUUCCUUUCGGUGGCACAAGUUUCGACAGCGAGGGCGAAAGAAGAAACUGAACCAGGAGCAGGCGAGGUCUCCGGACUUCAGCCUUGGGCUGGACCAGCGGCAUGAGCACUUCGAAGGCCGUACGAUCCUCGACCAGCUGCAGGAGCUUGACAGAUUACGCUCCGAGUCCCAGCAGCCGCAGACUUCGACGGUAGAUGAGGAGCAGGCGGGCGAUGGCUCGGGCGAUGAUAUUCCUGUUAACUGUAACCCUUUCCCGAUCCUAGUAUACCACCUCCUUCUAGCAGACAUGCAGGAAGCGAUGGCAUACGCCCUGAGCAUCCAUUGGCUGUCUGAAGAUGGCAUCUUCGCCCCUUCGACUGUGUGCUGGACCCAGGGUUGGUUCGGUUCUGUCAGUAACCUCGGCGCCAGCCUCUUUCUCUCAGCCAUCUCCGUCACCACGUUUUCGACAAUAGUGCUUGGACACAAACCAUCGAGAAGAGUACUCUACAUAGUCGUGACAUGCAUCUGGCUCUUCACCUAUGGCAUCAAUACAGCUGGAGUGCUUUGUGCCAUGCGUAGUAAGCCGGUGGUCAGCAUGGGGGAGCAAUAUUUCAUGCGAGCCAAUGUUUGGUGCUGGAUCAGCUCCGAAUACAACCCCUGGAGGCUUUGGUCCCACUACUUCUGGGUUAUCAUUUCCAUUACCCUCACCUUCGGCCUAUACGCCAUCGUCUUCUUCACACUUUGGCGCCAAAAGCGAAGCUGCCGGCACAUGCCACAGCGCCGCCUCCACACCCCAGAAUCCGCCAGGCGGGAGAGCGAGGCCCCGCAGCAGUCUGGCUACCACCCGGCCUUCCUGGUGUAUCCCUUCAUCUACCUGGUCUGCAUCGCCCCGCUGGUGAUCGGGCGCGUGUCCAUCAUCAUGGGCUACGACCUGGGCAUCUCCUUCUUCGCCUUCGCGGGGUCCAUUCUGGCAGCCAACGGCCUGUUCAAUUCCAUUCUAUGGACGACAACCAUCAUCUUCAGCGCGCCAGAGGACAUGGAGGCCACGGGGCUGGACCGAUUUAGCUUCAUGCGUACGCCGGCACGCAAUUACGGCCACACAGUCGUCAUCAGCGGGCCUGUGAGCCAAGGCUACGCGGGAACGUACCGCAGCGGCAGGGAUACUCAAGAAAAAGAGAGGAAGGAAUGGUGGUGGUGGAGGCUUGGAGGCCAGCGCCCGUGGGGCAGGUCCUAUGUCAGCACGCAUGACAGUUUCAACCCCGACUUGAUACGGGUUUACUCUAACCCAACGCCGGUUGUGGAGGGGCCCUACAUUCACAUGAAUGUUGUCACUCAUGUGGUCAUUGAGGAUGCCAAUAAGACGAGUAGCAAUUAG